UUAGGAAUGGUAGUGGCGAAACCAGUUCGAUAACUAGUCACUAUCGAUAUUAUCGAUUAUGCUAAUACUUCAUCGGUAUCAUCAUUGACACAUUUUUAUUGAAUUAAGUAAUUUUUUUGUGCCUGCGACGCAAUGUCUCGAGAGUCGCUGUGCAAAUUGUGCAUCCAGAAACAGGCCGUGGAACUGGAUCUUGAGACAUCUCGCUUGAAGUCGGUCAACAAACUGCUGCAACGUCUCUUCGAGAGCUACAAUAUCGAUAUCUCCAUAUUGGGCGACAAGUCCUGCAUCUGCGAUUCAUGCUUCGAGGACCUUGUGCACCUCAGCAAUUCCCUGGAGAAAUGGAGCAAAGCGCAGCGGGACCUGGAAGAAGCACCUUUGGAAAUUGACGACUCGCAGCUAUUUCAGGUCAAGCAGGAGCCGCCUUCCUCGGACAAUGAAAUGGCUGUGGAUAGCCCCCAGAUAAGCGACAUAAAAACGGAUUUCCUGCCAGAGUCAAAUGAGAUUCCGACACCGACACCGCCCACCACCCAGCCCAAUAAUCUGGAACCCUUGAAUAGUACUCCGACGAACCCUUUCGCUGCCGGAAUCGGACGUAAUGGCCUGGUCCUGGUCAAGUUGCUAAAGGACAAGACCAAAGUCGUCAAGAUUUUGUGCACUUGCUGCCACCAGUUGUUCGACUAUCUGCACCAAGUGCGUCUCCAUUCAUCGGUGCCAAGAACUAAUCCUGAAUACAUGUGUCGUGAGUGUGGGGCCAGUUUUCCCAGUGCGGGAGCUUGCAAGGAGCAUCGUUCCAAGGCUAAGGGCCACUCUCUACCCGAUACGGAUUACAGGCUGCGCAGGGAGAUUGAGUUUUGGUCCUUUGCUCGAGAGAAGAGGUACCAGCGGUACUCGGACAUCAUUAGAACCGAGACAAGCCCCAGCCAUCCUGUGAGGAUACGGUGCCACAAGUGUCCCAUGAUCUUCAAGUGCCGAAAAGCCUACGAAGAGCACGCUCUCGGUCACUCUUUCAAGGGGCCAAAAAUUAUCAAAAAGAGGCUCCAGACUUGGCCGCAGUUCCAAUCAGGCAAAAUGCACGACGUUUCAAGUAAAGCGAAUGUUUCUAAAUUUCAGGAAGCAGGCCAAUUCAUAAGUCUACCCAUGAAGCUUACCCUGCAGCCAGGAAAAUAUAUAUCUCUUAAUAGUAAAAUGAAAUUGAAUUCACCUAAUCUUAAAAAAGUAUAGACCUGAUCAUAGAAAGUAAGAUAAAAAUCUGUUUAAAAGUGCAUAAAUGUUAAAUGUUUGUAACUUCAACUA